AUGUCAGUUCUUCAGUUGUGUGAACUGUACGACGACUUGGAGGCACUCUGCAGAGAAUACUCCGAGGCUCUGGUUUCCGAGUUAGCCCUGCGAGAUGAGCUCGAGUAUGAUAAGGAGCUGAGGAACCAGUUCAUCACGUUGUUCCUCUCCAUCCAGAGGAAAAAAAGAGCUCACUCUGCUAGGAAGAAGCAGAACAGGAAAGGUGGAAGUGGUACACAAGAACUAUCAACUGCUGAGAAAGUGUACCUGACGACCACGAUACCCUACAACAACACACACUCACCACCAUCGUCUGAGCUUCUGGCUACUUACGUUAAAAUUCUUAAAGCUAUGGACAAUGAAAGUCCUAAUUUGCCAAUGCUUCUAACAGAGUAUAUAUUGAAAGGUUGUUUGGUUGGUUGA